GAGACAGGGGGUCUCGGCUGGCGGAGGAGGAAGAUGGCGUCGUCAAGGCUCGGAGUCGGGUCGCGCGGGCUCCCGCCGCCGCCGCCGCUCUUGCUGCUGCUGCUGCUGCUGCUGCUCGGGCCCUGGCCGGCGGCGGGCCACGGCGGCAAGUACUCGCGGGAGAAGAACGAGCCCGAGCCGCCGCCGCAGCGCGAGCCUGGCGGGGAGUUCCGCAUGGAGAAACUCAACCAGCUGUGGGAGAAGGCCCAGCGGCUCCAGCUCUCCCCCGUGAAACUGUCCGAGCUCCAUGCAGACCUGAAAAUGCAAGAGAGAGAGGAGUUCGCCUGGAAGAAGCUGAAGGCUGAGGGCCUCGACGCAGACGGAGAGAGAGCAGCCAAGCUCCUACGCAACCUCAGCGUGAUCCUGGCCAAGUACGGCCUGGACGGCAGGAAGGACGCCCAGGCCGUGAACAGCAACUACCUCAGCGACACCGCCGAGGACGACAGCCUGGGAGACCCCAAGCUGGAGAAGCUGUGGCACAAGGCGAAGAGCUCGGGGAAGUUCUCCAGCGAGGAGCUGGCCAAGCUGUGGCGGGAGCUCCAGCACCACAGGGAGAAAGUGCGCGAGUACAACGUCCUGCUGGACGCCCUGAGCAGAACCGAAGAGACCCGGGAGAACGUCAUCAGCCCGUUGGACGUGAGCCGCGUCAAGGAGGACGUGCUGCACAGCAAGCACGCGGAGCUGAAGGACAGGCUGCGCGCCAUCAACCAGGGCUACGACCGCCUGCGCCAAGUCAGCCACCGGGGCUACGGGGGCGCCGAGGCCGAGUUCGAGGAACCCCGAGUGAUAGAUCUGUGGGACAUGGCCAAGUCCGCCAACUUCACUGAGAAGGAGCUAGAGUCCUUUCGGGAGGAGCUUAAGCACUUUGAAGCCAAAAUUGAAAAGCACAACCACUACCAGAAGCAGCUGGAAAUCUCUCACCAGAAACUGAAGCACGUGGAGAGCUUCGGGGACCAAGAGCACGUGAGCCGGAACAAAGAGAAAUACGCCAUGCUGGAGGAGAAGACCAAGGAGCUGGGCUACAAGGUGAAGAAGCACUUCCAGGACCUGUCGGGCCGCAUCUCCAGAGCGCGCCACAACGAACUCUGACGGCCGGGGAGGAGCGGGGCGCCGGGCGGGGUCCGCCCAAGGACGGGCCCGGGCGCUCCGUGGCGGCGCUUGACGCGAACAGAACCUUGGAGGAGGCGUGCUGGGGACUGGCCGGGCGUCCGUGGUGCGGGAGGACGGCUCCGACUCCCCGAGUGCCCGAUGGGGGCGUGUCGGACUCGUGAAUCUGCCCCUGGAGAUACCGCGUCCGGAAAAACAUGUCGCGGGAUUUAAAUCGUCUGACGUGA